AUGUCACGGCCCGGCGGUAAAUUUCGUGUUGCUUUCCAGCGCUUGAACCUUGAGAGGCUACUUCAUUCCUCUUUGCGCGAGAAGGGAGGCAGUGCCGCAAGUGGACCUAUUACUAACGCCGGCGGUGGCAUCAAACCAGCUGAAGCCUGUGACAGUUUCAAGAGUGUUUAUUCCGCACUUGGGGGUGGUGCUCGAGGGGCUUAUUGCAAUGGACUGCCAUUUCACGUGCGGUGGGAUCGCAUUCUGCGCAACUUGGAGGUUUUAGGGCGUGUUUCUACUGGUAACACCGUGGUUCCUUAUCGUGAUAGUGGUGAGGCCUUUCGAGUCAUGUGGAAGGCUGUGGAUGAAGCCAAAAAAAGUGUGUUUUGGCAAACUUACAUCUGCAAGGAUGACCAUAUCGGUCAGGUGACAGUAGAAAAGAUGGAGGCUGCACAUCGGCGCGGAUGCACGACCGAACUGCUCUAUGAUUGCGGCGGAAACAUUACCGGGCGACGUCGCCUCACUGGCAACCUGAAACAAUCCGGUGCUACUGUUAUUGAACAUCGGCCUAUUUUUGAUCACAUUCUGCCGUACCUGUUUGGAGGCAUGAAGUGGGAACGCAGCCCCGCCCUCCGCAACCACCGAAAGAUUCUCAUUGCGGAUGAGAGUAUCGGAUUUUGUGGUGGGCUGAAUAUUGGUAAUGAGUACUGUGGCAGGAGCCAGGGGGGAACGGGUCGGUUUCGCGACACCCACUGCUCCGUGGUGGGCCCGGCUGUGGCCCACCUCCGCGAGGUGUACGAAGACACAAAGGCGCCAAAGCCGUGGAAAUGGAGUUGGACCCGUUGGCGCAAGAUCGCAUCCAUGACAAUGGACCGUCGCUACAAGGAGGGAAAGAAUGUCGCGGAUGACAUCCUUGUGCCCAUGACAAACUCUGUACGACAAAAAGGGAAAGUGUACCUGCAACAUCAACUCGUAAAGGCCGAGGAAAAGCGAGCACGCUUUAUGGAGCGCAUUCGAUGGAAGCGGCAGCGCGAACGCCUAGAGUCAUACAUGCGGUGGUAUGCAAAAGAUGCUGCGAAGCUGGCGCCACAAAGUUUAUCUUCUGUUCAUCCCGAGGAUGCGCAAAAACGUUCUGGGGAGGGUGCAGGAAGCAAAGGUGCAUCAGCGGCGAUGAAACAAAGAAUGGAACAGUAUCGUACGCGUGCGCUUAAUAGAGCCAAGGCGGCCUUGGAACGAGGUUUACAUAGAAAGUCCUUGCCCGUGACACCUCUAAAUGACACGGAUCCUGUCCCUGGAGCAGCGGCGUAUGACACGCAACGUCCCAACUCGACUCAAAUUAUAUCUUGCAACCCGCAUACACGGGAUUGGUCGAUUCCGUAUGCCUUUUGGCAGGUUUCUCAAAAAGCACACAGACGGCUAUGGGUGACAACACCGUAUUAUAUGCCUCAUCGAAAGCUGUUACGUGCCAUCCUCUACGCUGCUCGUCGCGGCGUUGACGUGCGCAUUCUUGCCGGGAGUAGUCGUACCACCGAUCCUUGGUUUAUGUGGUACGCAUCGAACUACAUUACCGAACGCCUCUUAGCUGCUGGUGUCCGUGUCUAUGAAUACAAGGGGGAUCAGGUCAUGCACGCCAAAACGGUGGUGGUUGACAGCAUUUGGUCCUCUGUGGGGAGUUACAACUGGGAUAUGAUGAGCAACAAGAACAUGGAAGUCUGUCUCUGUCAUCUGAGCUACGCGAUGGCGCGGGAUAUGGAGGGCCACUUCCUCAAGGACGUGCAGGUAAGCGUAGAGUUGAAAUAUGACGAGUAUCGGCGUCGUUCCUGGUGGCUGCGGUUUACGUCAUGGUUUUUCUACGUCGGGCUUCAAAUUGGAGAGAAACUAACUUUCUGCACUUUUCGGGACGCAGACCUGUCCUCGAAAGUUGAUGGCCUGGAAUAA